AUACCACGUGUAUUAUUAACUUUAAUAUUUAACCUUUCUAUAAAAAAAAUAAUAAAUAUUUGUAUUAUAAACAUUAGUAUUAAAAAAUAUAUAAUUUUAAAAUGAAUAUAGUACCGUGUAUAACUUGGGUAAAAAAAGGUGUUGCAUCAACAAAUCCUGUAAAGGUUGAAUUAACUCCAAAUGAAUUAGAGAAAAUCAUAAAACAAACUCAAUCUGAAUUACAAGAUAUUGAAAGUGAUUUAGAUGAAGAACAUAAUGAAGUUAAAGAAGAAAAAUAUAAAAUAGAUUCUCAACUUGAUAUAUCCAAAACAGAUGAAUAUGAUUUUGAUAAAUAUGAUGAAGAAUCAGGAGCUAUACAUUGUAAUAUUAAUAAUAUUGCAAUUAUUGAAAAAAAUGGUAAAGAUCCUUUUAUAACAAAGGAAGAUGAUGACUCAGAAAAAGAAGAUGAUAUUAUUAAAUGUGAUGACAAUCUUUUAUUAGUAGGACGCGUUGAAGGAGAUGCUAGCAUUUUGGAAAUAUUUGUAUAUAAUGGACCUGAAGAUUCAUUUUAUUGUCAUCAUGAUAUAUUAUUACCAUCAUUUCCAUUAUGUAUAGAAUGGCUUAACUUUGAUCCUUCAGAUUCAAAACCAAGUAAUUUAUGUGCAAUUGGUAAUAUGACUCCUAUAAUAGAAGUAUGGGAUUUAGAUUUGAUAGAUUGUUUAGAACCAAUUUAUAAACUUGGUUGCAAAGCAAAUAAAAAAAAAAAUCGAAAACAUAUUGGACAUAAAGAUGCUGUAUUAGAUUUAGCAUGGAAUGAAAAUUAUACACAUGUUCUUGCUAGUGGAUCAGUUGAUCAAUCAGUUUUAUUGUGGGAUUUAGAAAAUGGAAAACCUGUUAAUAAAUUUACUUCUUUUCAUGAAAAAGUUCAAUCAUUAAAAUGGCAUCCAAUAGAAACUCAUCAAUUAUUAACAGGUUGUGCAGAUAAGAUAGUGAGAUUAUUUGACUGUAGAUAUGAAACAAUUAUAAAAUCAUGGGAAGCAUUAGGAGAAGUAGAAAAAGUAUUAUGGAAUUCUUUUGAUUCUAAUUAUUCCAUAAUUAGUACUUCUAAUGGAUAUGUACAAUAUAUAGAUAUCAGAAAAGAUAAAUCAAUUUGGAAUAUAGAAGCUCAUACUCAAGAAGUUACAGGUUUAUCGCUUAGUUCAUCAUGCCCUGGACUUCUUGUUACUUCAGCAAAUGAUGGUAUUAUUAAAGUAUGGGAUAUUAUUGAAAACACAAAGCCAAGUGUUAUUUGGGAAAAGAAAACUAAUCUUGGUGGUUUAUUAUGUCUUGCAUCAAAUCCAGAUGAACCUUUUGUAUUUUCUGCUGGUGGUGAUAAUAAAUCACAUAAUUUAAAAAUAUUUGAUCUUUUAAGAAUAUCAGAAAUACAUAAAAGAUUUCAAAAUCGUGUUCCAAAAAUUAACAUUGAUGAUAUAAAAACAGAAAUAAAAGAAGAAAUAAUGGAUAUGACAGAAAAUAUGGAUUCAAUGAUUUUGAAUACAAAUAUAGAAAAUAAAAUGUCUAUUACUGUUAUUUGUUCCACAUGGAAAGAAAUUAAUAUGGACAUAUCAAAUGGAAUGGAUAAAUCAUGGGAUCAUCCAUGGACUACAGAAGAAAUGCGAAAAAAAAGAAGAGAAUGGAGUCUAGCAGGUGAUGCAGGACUUCUUAAACAUCUUCAACAAUUUUCUGAUAAUGUAAUAUCAAGAGCAAAUAAAACACAAGAAGUUUUGGAUUCAUUAACAACUCAAUUAAACGAAACAGCAAUAUUUAUUGAUAAUGUUACUAAUACAUCUUUAGCUUUAGCUAAUACUCAAUUUAUUGAGAGUCGUGUACAAGAAGAUAAUAUAGAGAUUGGAGAACAAGUAGAAACAUCAAUUGAGCAAUAUAAAGAUCAAGAUUCUGUAGAUGCAGAUUUUAUAGCUAAUGUGAGUGAAACUGUAAAACAAGGCCUAAAUAUAAUGUAUGAAAAAUAUAAGGAAAUGGAAUUUGUUGACAGUGAUAGUGAUAGUGAAGAAGAAGACAAUAAAGUAGUAUUAAGUGUUGUAUUGGGGCCAAAUGAUCCAUAUCAAGAUCGAGCUUUGCCUUAUGUUAUUGGUUCUGAAAAAUGGAAAAAUUCAAAUAAAAUUGGUUUAGAAAGUAGUAGUAGUAGUGAAUCUGAACAAAUAGAUGAAGAAGAAGAAGAAUCAGAAAAUGAAGAUGAUAGCACAACAACAUUUAAAGAUUUUAGUAUGAAUACUGCACCAAAAACUAACAUAGUUGGAUUAUUACCUUCUUUGAAUGGAUCAGAUUAUAGUAAAAGAAAUGAUUUAGCAUAUAUAAGCAAUGAAAAAAUAGAUGCAGUUAGUCAAAAUAAUAUAGAUUCUGUUCCUGAAUCAAUUACUCCUAAUGAUAAUAUUUCAAAGACAUCAUUACCAAACAAUAUAACACCAAAUUUUGCUGAAGAAUUAGCUAAACGAUUAGGUACAGUUCGACAGGCUCAAAAACCAGGCAUUGUAAAUGAAAAAAAUGAGGCAUCAAUAAAUCGAUUUAAAGAUGAUUUAUUUACACCAGAAGAAGAUGAGAACAUUUUAAAUGAUAAAUCUAGAAUUAUAUUUAGUGGAAGUAAAGAAUUUUUAAAUGAUCAAUCUAUUGAAAAUUUAUCAAAAGAAAGAUAUAUUAAACCAUGCAAAAAUAUUAUACCUGCUAGCAUUGAUGUACCACCUCCAAUUAGUACUAUUUCGACAAAACCUAAAUCUGCAAUCGAUGAUCUUUUUGCUGAUACUGAAUCCGAUGAUAUUUUUUCGCCGAAAAAUAUAACAAAAAUAACUACAAAAAAUAAAUAUUCUAAUAAUAAUAAUAAUCAAUUAAAUACAGAAAAUAUACAAAAAAAAUGUUUAGAGACUGUUGCAUCAAGAGUAAUUAGUAAUGUGGCUACAAGUACACCAGAAACUGCCGUAAAUACUAAUAAUUUAUUUAGCGAUGAUGAAGAUAUUACUGAUCUCUUUGGGCCAUCUAAAAACCAAGAGCCAAAUAAAAAAAAAUCAAUGGAAGGAAUAUCAAUAUCUGGAAAUAGUUUAACUUCAAAUGUAGAGAAUAAAUUAUCAAAUAGAAUAUUACGAAAUCAUUCAUCCGGAUCUUCCGGAAGUAAUACAUCAGUAAAUUAUGAAAAUAAUAUUAGCAACGAAUCAGUACGUGAUCAUUCACGGAAUACUGUUUCGAACGAUAAUAUCAAUGAUUUUAUUGUGAAUAACGUAGAAAAUUCAGCCAUGUUUAAUGAAAGUAAUUACAGUAGCGGAAUAUCGAUUUAUCCACCAAGUAUUAAUAACACAGGUGGUUCAAGCUUAGAUAUUGAGCCUCGGAUGUCGUCAACGCGUUUAAAAUCGGAAGAAAUUUAUCGGGAACGAAUCAGUAGUGACAGUCUCUUUACUGCACGUACACAUAAUCCUGUGACUUCGAUCUCGAACACUACGAAUAAUCCACCUCAAGUGGAGUCUAUCGAGGAUAUAUCGUCUAUACGACAGGACGAUGUGUUCGAAAAUGAGGACUUGUUUGGUCCACCUCCGCUACCAAAAGCAGAUUCAAAAUUGCCGAAAUCGAAAAUACCUUCGUUAUUUGACGAUUCUGAUUCUGGUGAUGAAUUAUUUUCGACAACUAGCUCAGGUUCAAGAUCACAAAGAAGCAGUGACUUAUUGACCACGUCUCAUUAUUCCGACAAGAUCAAAUCUACACAACGAAGAGGUCUUUUCGACGAAGAAAUCAACAUAUUCGAUAAUAAGGAUUCCCCAGAUGUCGAUAUAUUUGGUAUAAUAGCAAAACCGGUAGCCAAAGAGGAAAGUAAUGCCUCUAAUAAAAAGUUUUUGGACAUUCCUGAUGAUGAUUUGUUCACAAAUAGUAUUCGAGAUGCAAUAACGAAAAAUAACGGAUUGGAAAAAAAUCAGAAUGUUGCUAAAUCGAAAGAAAUUAGCUUGUUUGAUAAUGAUGUAGAAGAUAGCGAUUUAUUCUCAACGAAAUCUAUUAAAACUGAAAUUAUAAAUAAAUCUGCUAUUUUUAAUGAUGAUUAUGAGAAUGAUUUGUUUUCCAUGAAAAAACCAAUUAAUAAAAAGAAAGAGAAUGAUAAAGAAUCGCCAGAAAUAGCUGCGUCCGGAAUAGAUAUCGUGGAUCAGAAAGUUAGAAAGAGUGAAAAUAAGAGUAGUGAUAUUCUUUCGAGCAAUGGAUUGUUUUCUACUACUAUUGGAUCACAUGGAUUGAUUUUUGAGGAUGAUGACUAUGAUGAUUUGUUCAAUACUAAAAAUGUAAUAACAGAAAAAACAAAACAGGAUGAACAUGAAACUUUGGAGAUAAAAAAAAAUAUUAAAGAAGAUUCUGCUAAGGAUAUUAAAGUAUCAAAUAAUUCUGAUAUCUUUGUAAAACCUGAAGAAUCAAAUGUUUCUGUUAUCAUAUCCAAGGAUAUAAAAAAAGAUACACAUUCAAUUAGUAAUUCUGAGGAAUGCGAGCCUGUACAAAAUAUUGAAAAUGAAUUAAAAAUGAGUCCUCCAAAAUCUUUAGAUAUACAUACAACUGCCACAUCAUCAUCGCCUGAUAAAAAUAAUCAAACAAAACGAAUGGUUUCUGGUAAAAUAAAAAAUUUAAUGGGAAAAAUGGGGGAUUUAAAAAUGAUUUCACCCAUGGAUACACCACCAGUAUGGCGAAAAAGCAAAGAAAAAACGGAUGAGGAAGAUAAUUCAGGAGAUAGAGAUAGUGAUGAUGGCGGAUGUGUUAGCACACAAAGUCAUAAUUCGCCACUAAGUGCAUCAGAAGAUAGUACUACUACUCAGAAGCAAUCUCAGCAAUCGACAAUUUCAGAUGAAAGUAAUGUAGAAAAUGCGAUUAGUUUUGAUGAGCCAGUGCAAGUAGAAACGUUAUCUAUUACUGCUUCGAAGACACGAGUUAGAAUACAAGCGAAACGCCGACCACAAAGUAGGCAUGCACGAAAAUCCGCCAUCAGGCAAAGCGGAAUCGAUUUUGAUACUGUAGAUGCUGUUGAAAAUAAUUCACAAGAUGAGGGCCAGACUAAUCAAUCGCUAAGUACCUUCAAUAAAGAAAUUUCUACAAAUAUUAGUAUCGCACAUCCCGCUUCCACUAUUUUUGAUCAUUCAAACAAUGAUAAUUUUUAUCGAACUCCUGAAAAUAAUAGUUUCUUACCUGCGGAUGAUAAGUCUGAACUUGGUAGCAUAAGCAAGGAAAGUUCAAUGAGUGCUAACAAAAAUACUUUAUUAUCACCAUCUACAGACGAAGAAGACUUAUUUGAUGUGCCACCAGAUUUACCAGAAGAUCCACAGAAAGAAGAUAUGCUAUUUGGUAGAGCACCUAUUCUCUCUCCGGUUGAAAAAGUUGUUUCUAAAAAGCCACCUGUUACUUUCAAAGUGUUGAAAGAUACAUAUAUUAAACAAAUCGACGAUGUAGAGACAGAAACAAAAAAAACUGUAGAAGAGAUGGAACAAAGUAGCACAUUAUUUGUAUCUGGUACCACUUCAACUAUAAAUUCCAUAACUUCACACUUAAUAAAAAGGAAUCCAAAUCAGAGAAUGCUAAACUUGAAGACGAAUCGAAAGAAAUGAUUGAUCCAUUACGAGAUGAUAGUCAUGAUCCGCUGAAAGAUCCCAGUCAGUUAUUUGCUUUUGUCACAAAAACACCAUCUCCCGAAAAGGGAAAGAAUUUAUUAUUUUCUGAAGAUGAUAGUUUGUUCUCUAGUGGCACCAAAAAAUUAAUUGAAGAACAAACUGCAAAAAAACCAAUCUUGGGUUUAUUUACCGAUGAUACAGAAAAUGAUCUGUUUUCGACAACUUUAACUAAAUCUGUGAAAAAAACUUUAAAGGAUACGAAAAUUAAUUUGUUCGAUGAAGAAGAUGAAGAUAAUAGCUUAUUU